UGCAUGCAUCAUGAUGAGGUCCUACCAGUACCAUCUUCUUCCGAUUGUAUCCUACUAUCACGGCUGAAGGCUACUAGCAAGGAACUAAUCAAAUCAUUGCUUGCUCACAACAGAAACCUUUGGUUGGAUUGAUUGAUUGAUUGAUUGUUCUGACAAAGGGUCCAUUUUGUUUUCCUUCCUGUCUUCUUUUUUUCGUCCAUUGUUUUUUGACCAUGUUGAGCAAAUCUUUGGCGGCUCGAAAGCUAGUGGCUUCCUCUGCCCGUGUGGGGGCAAUGCGCCGCACUUUUCAUGCCACAUCCAGUCUCCUAGGCGAUGCAUUGGAUAUGGUCGAUACUUUUCCAAGGCGUCACUUGGGACCUUCCCCUGCCGAUGCCAAGAAUAUGUUGGCCACUAUUGGCUUUACCGAUUUUGACGGUCUCGCCAAGUCCACUGUGCCGGCCAAUAUCUUGUCCAGUGAACCGCUCGACCUACAACCCGCCAUGACCGAGAGUGAAGCACUCUUGAAAUUAAAAUCACACACCGACAAGAACCAGGUCAUGAAAUCCUACAUUGGCACUGGAUAUUAUGAUACCAUUGUCCCUCCCGUCAUUUUGAGAAACAUGCUCGAAAAUCCCGGUUGGUACACCGCAUACACUCCCUACCAGGCCGAAAUCUCACAGGGACGCUUGGAAAUGUUGCUCAAUUUUCAAACACUUGUAGUGGAUUUGACCGGAUUGCCCAUGGCAGUCGCAUCCUUGCUAGAUGAAUCCACGGCGGCGGCCGAAGCCAUGCAAAUGACCUUUGCGCUCAAGGGCAAAAAGGGAAAAAAGAACAAAUUCUUUGUUUCCACGGAUGUUCAUCCACAAACCAUUGCCCUCAUUCAUACGCGUGCCGGUGCCGUGGGUAUUGAAGUGGUGGAAGGAAAGCACAGUGAAGUAGACUUUUCGGCAGGUGACUUUUGUGGGGCACUCAUUCAGUAUCCCAACACGUAUGGAUCGGUGGAAUCCACCGGAGAGUCUUAUCAAGACUUUACCGCCCGUGCGCACGACGGCAAGGCCAUGGUGAUUGCCGCCACCGAUCUCAUGGCAUUGACCAAAUUGGCACCUCCGUCGUCGUGGGGAGCCGAUAUCGCCGUGGGAUCGGCACAACGAUUCGGUGUCCCCAUGGGAUUUGGUGGACCUCAUGCUGGAUUUCUGUCUACUUCGGAUGAAUAUUCGCGCAAAAUGCCGGGACGUGUCAUUGGUGUUACCGUCGAUACCGCGGGGAAACCCUGUCUUCGAAUGGCCAUGCAAACACGAGAACAACACAUUCGACGUGACAAGGCAACUUCCAAUAUCUGUACCGCCCAGGCUCUCUUGGCAAACAUGGCGGCAUCUUAUGCAAUCUACCACGGUCCAGAAGGAUUGAAAGAGAUUGGUGGGCGUAUUCAUGCUUUGGCUCGCGUGGCACAUCGAGAAAUUGGCAAUGCUGGUUUCAAGGUUACCGAGGGACCAUUCUAUGACACAUUUACCGUGGAUGCUUCCUCCAAGGGAAUGACGGCGGCUCAGAUUCAACAAGGAGCCGUCAGUGUCGGCGCAAACGUACGUCUCAUUGAUGAAAACACCGUGGGUGUCAGUAUGGGUGAGGGAGUCACGCGUGGCGAUUUGGGGGCUCUGUUGAAGGGCGCCUUCCAGAUUGCUGCCCCUGACAUGUCUGCUGAUGAAUCACUGACAAAUGUCGAUGAAUCCUGCGCUCGGGAAGGUGACAUCUUGACGCACCCAAUCUUCCGCCAACACCACUCGGAAACCCAAAUGCUUCGAUACUUGAAGGCUCUGGAGAACCGUGACUUGGCAUUGAACCACUCCAUGAUUUCUCUGGGUUCCUGUACCAUGAAAUUGAACGCAACUAGUGAAAUGAUCCCUGUCACUUGGCCCGAAAUUUGCAAUAUGCACCCAUUUGCUCCCCAUGAUCAAGUUGUUGGAUACCACGAAAUGAUUGAAGACCUCAACAAAGACUUGUCUGAGAUUACUGGCUUUGAAGCCGUCAGUGCGCAACCCAACUCUGGGGCCACCGGAGAGUACGCUGGAUUGCUGGCCAUCAAAGACUACUUGGAAGCUUCUGGACAAGGACACCGCAACAUUUGUCUCAUCCCCAAGAGUGCACACGGUACUAACCCAGCCAGUGCUGUCAUGGCGGGAAUGAAGGUCGUCGUGGUGGAGAAUGAUGAGCAGGGAAACAUUGAUUUUGGAGAUCUUGAGACCAAGAUUGCCAAACAUAAGGACAAUCUUGCCGCCUUUAUGGUCACAUACCCCUCUACAUUCGGAGUCUUUGAGGAACAGAUUGUGGAGAUCAUCGAUGCAAUUCACGAGGCAGGAGGCCAAGUUUACAUGGACGGAGCCAACAUGAAUGCUCAGUGUGGGCUCACUAGUCCUGGACGCAUUGGAGCCGAUGUUUGCCACUUGAAUCUUCACAAAACCUUCUGUAUCCCCCAUGGAGGAGGUGGACCAGGUGUCGGAUCGAUUGGCGUUGCCAAGCAUCUCGCACCAUUCCUUCCUGGCCACGUGCUUGAUCCCGAAGCAGCGGGUAAGCUGUGCGGUUCUGACGCUUGCGUUCCAAAGGAGAACGGAGCAGUUGCCGCUGCUCCCUUUGGAUCAGCCGCAAUUUUGCCAAUCUCUUGGAUGUACAUCAAAAUGCUGGGACCAGACGGUUUGAAGGCUGCUACAGGGCAUGCAAUUUUGAACGCGAAUUACAUGGCGGCGAGACUCAACGGGGCAUACGAUGUCCUCUUUACCGGAAAGAACGGCCAGUGUGCCCACGAAUUCAUUCUGGACUUGCGUCCAUUGAAGGCAGCCACAGGUGUCACGGAAGAGGAUGUUGCCAAGCGCUUGCAAGACUAUGGAUUCCACUCGCCAACCAUGUCUUGGCCUGUUGCCGGUACACUGAUGGUGGAACCUACCGAGUCCGAAGACUUGGCGGAACUCGAUCGUUUCUGCGAUGCCAUGCUGGCAAUCCGAGCCGAGAUUGAUGACAUUGGCAAGGGCGCAAUGCCACUGGAGGAAUCUCCACUUCGAAAUGCUCCUCACACCAUGGACGCAGUGCUUUCGGACAAAUGGGAUCGACCCUACACACGAGAGGUUGCCGCCUACCCAGCUCCUUGGAUCAAGGCAAACAAGUUCUGGCCAUCCUGCGGUCGAGUCGACAACGUGUACGGAGACAGGAAUCUCGUGUGCACCUGUCCUCCUCUGGAAGCCUACGAGGACGAUGACGAGGUAAAGAAGGUCGCAUAAGCGAAGCGUAGCUAGAUAGGAUAAUCAAAUAAUGGCACAGAAAGUAACUAUCG